UUCCACAGGUUAUUAGCUUUACAAUGAUAUAUAGCUUUCUUUGUUUGCUGAACACAGGAUUGAAAACUUCUCACCACUCCCGUUCCUUACUCCCAAACCAUGGUUUCUCAUCAUUUAUCCAGAGCUUGAAUUCACUUUACCAAUUGCAGCAUUCAAAUCCCACCAUUAAAUAUGGUACAUGUAACUUCUUGAUCUUUAUGUUGUUCAGUUAAAACUCAUCCUUGUCCUUUUUUCUAAUCUCUUUUCAUGGCACAUAGCAUUGUAAAAUAUUCUGUUUAUUUUUUUGUUCCUGCUUGCACCUGAUUGAAGUAUCCUUAAAUAAUCCUGGGGUCUUGACUAAGGCUCCCAACCAAUCAGUGCAUUCGGAACUUCAUCUUGACAAACACCUUUUUGAAUUGCUUUGAUUGGUGUUUAAUCUAGCAUAGUAAAUGGUUUGAACCCAGGAGUAUCAGUAGUUCAAUGAGUUCCGCUCAGGGUAUUAGAUGAAACCGUUCAGGUUGUCGAAACAUCAGUCACCAACAACAGUUCUUUUCAUAACUACCCUCACCCAGAUGAUCACACUGUAAGGACUACUGUUCAAUCUAGGUCACAAAUAAUUUGAUCUUUUACAGGGUGGGGUUGUAAUAUAUCCCCAAGGCAUGGAGGAAUCUAGUACAUGGUUUAAAACCUGCUGAGAGCAGAUCAAGCUCUCAAUCUCAACAAGGCCCAAAACCAGAGGGGGCAAUCCAACACCCUGAGACACUUUGUUCUCUCCUUUUUUAACCUUCACCCCUGGCUCCCAUCUCCCAUCCACUAGAAAUUUUGUUUACACUACAGUUAGAUUUAGAAAUUAACAAUAUCCUACAAAAUUGCCCAGAAUAUCCUUACCUCAUUGUAUGGCCUGACAGUAGCUACAUGUAAAACAGAAUCAUGAACUUUUCAGAAAAGAUAUAAAAUGUAACAGACCUCUUGUUCUGUCUUACAGUAACUGUUUGCAGAAUGGAACAUGAAAUAAUCAAGUAGAAUAUUUGCAAUAAUGGAAAAUGUUUCAUGAUUAAAUAACAGGACCCCAGGUUUCAGAAUCAGCUGCCUCAAGAAAUAAACAAGAGACCGGAACAAUACUUAACCCAGAAAGAACUGAUCAAGCUCAUGGACUGGAAGUUAACACGUGGAAAGUUCAGGCCUCGUCUCACUCAAUUAAUACAGACAAAUAGCAGUGAAACUGUAAAGGAGGUGACAAGCAAGGCAUUCAAGUAUUUGCCCGAUGUGAAACUGGCAAUUACUGAACUAACAAAGUUAAAGGCUGUUGGACCAGCAACGGCGUCAGCGAUUUUGUGUGCUGGUAGUCACCAAGUACCAUUCAUGGCCGAUGAGGCAAUGCAGGCCAUACCUGGGUUGGGAAAAGUUGAUUACACAGUGAAGUUUUACCUUAAAUAUCUUGACAAAAUAAGAAGUUGUCUUGAGAAUUUAAUGAAAAAAGACCCUCAAGGUGACUGGAAUGAGCACAAGGUUGAACUCUGCCUUUGGACACAUGUCAUGAGACUUAAGUAUGCACCUGAAUUGUGUAACAAAGGAACUUUGUCAAAAAGGGAAAUUGGCACAAAAGAACAAGAAGAAGAAAGUCAGACAAGAUCCAAAAAGAUGAAGGUGUAACAUACAGUAUGACUGUCGUGAUGUCUUGGAAGUUUGGUUCAAUGUCCAUUGAAUACAAAAGGUUGUUACGUUAACA